AUGCUGGUGCGAGUCCAGCAAAGGGCCAGGGAGCCCCUGAAGCGCCUGGAGCCCCUGAGGCAGGAGGGCCUUCGAGAGGAGGGGUUGUUCACCCUGCAGAAGAGAAGGCCCUGGGGCACGCUUCCUAGCAAUGGGGUAAAAGAGCUGACGGAAGGUUAUUUUGCGUUGGAGGUGAGUCGUUUGGAAAAUUACUGCCCGUGUGCAGUGACUGUGGGCCUGGGGCGGUGCAGGAGCAGUAUAAAAGCGGGCCCUUCUGCUCACUCUCUCAUCCACUCCUCUCGCCUCCAUCUCCUUGGGAACAAGGUGCUCCUCCAGCCACAAGUCAUGUCCUGCUACAACCAGUGCCUGCCAUGCCAGCCCUGUGGCCCCACCCCGCUGGCCAACAGCUGCAAUGAGCCCUGUGUCAGGCAGUGCCAGGACUCCACCGUCGUCAUCCAGCCCUCCCCCGUGGUGGUGACCCUGCCCGGACCCAUCCUCAGCUCCUUCCCGCAGAGCACCGCUGUGGGAUCCUCCACCUCCGCUGCCGUUGGCAGCAUCCUCAGCUCUGAGGGAGUGCCCAUCUCCUCUGGGGGCUUUGGCCUCUCUGGCUUUGGCAGCCGCUACUGCGGCAGGAGGUGCCUCCCCUGCUAA